CAUAUCAACUUCAGAUGAAGCAAUGGGUGGUAGAUUCGUGGAAGCUAUAAGAAAUCCCAACAAGUUAAAGGCUCAGUUCAAUCAACAACCCAGGGUGAACAGUAGGCCUAGCGUUAAUCCACAAGAUAAAGCAGAGUCGACGUCUGCCAAUCCCAAGUCCACCAUAAGCUCAUUUUGUCCGUCGCCGUUUCAUUUAAUGUUGUGUUUUAAAUGUGGAAUGCCUGUCGAUUUGUAUGUCAAAAAUCCAGUUGAAGCGAAGAAAGAAAGUCGGUGUAUGUCUUCGUUUCAUAGUAUGAUCUGUUUUGCGUGUGGGGG